AUGAAUCACUAAGAUAAUAAUGCACUUAAGGGAGUUCUUAAAUAAUAAUUGAUUGUAGAUUCAGAAAGUGGACCAUAUAAAACAAUAUAAGAAGCUAUUGAUAGGGCUGAACCUAACACAGUAAUUAAAAUUGCACCAGGACUUUAUUCAUCAAAUAUAGUAAUAAAUAAGCCAGGACUUCGUUUGGAGCCUAAAGAAAAAGUUGGAGAUAUCAUCUUAGUCGUAUCCUCGUAACCUACAGUUUUAGUGGAUUUAGUAGGUGAUCAACGUUGCACUUUAAUUGGAUUAAAAAUUUCUCAUAGUGGUACAAGUGAGGAAGUUGAAGAAUUGGAAAAAUUGAUUGAAGGAUAGGAAAUUGCAAAGCAUUUAUUUGGAGGUCAUGAAGAUGGAGGACCUGGAUUAGAAUCAAAUCCAGAUGAAGAAUUUGUAAGUAAAGUACCAAUUGAAACAAAUAUGAAUUGCGUUGUAUUACUAAAUGGUGGUAAGUUGUUUAUGGAAGAGUGUUUUAUUGCUUUAAAGUAAGUGAUUAAUUACUGAUUUAGUUUUAUUGUUAAAUCUUUCAAAGGUAUAUUACCAGGUAUUGCAAUAAAUAAUGGAGCAGAGGCCUAGUUGAAUAGAUGUGAAAUUAAAGGAACGUCAUCUAAAAGUUAAGAUGCUAAAACUAUUGGUAUUUUCAUAAAAUUGGGAGAUUUAAUAGUUAAAGAUUGUAAAGUGCAUAAUCAUACUUAUGGAGGUAUUUUAGUACAGCAAUCACCCACUAAUAAAAUUGUUAGAAUAGUAGGUAGUAAAAUACUAUAGAAUAAGAAAGUUGGUAUUCAUGUAGUUGGGGCAGAUGCUGUUCCUUAAAUAGAGUAAUGUAGAAUUGAAAACAAUGAAGGUCCUGGAAUUAAAGUAGGUAUUGGUAAUAAAGCAAAAAUAUUUGGAAAUGAAAUUAAAUCAAAUGUUGUUGGGAUUGAAGUUUUGUCAGCAGAACCUUCUAUAUUUGAUAAUAAAAUUGAUAAGAAUUUUACUGAUGGAGUUUUAACUAAAGUAUUUGAAUAAUUAAGAUGUGAUUGUAGAAUAAGAUCAAAUCAGACUAUAUCUGGAAAUAAGGAAAAUGGAAUUCAUUGCACUGGAUAAAAUAAUUAUACUAGAAUUGAAGAUAAUACUUUUAUUGGUUAUAAUAAAAAAGCAGGAAUUAAAGCAGAUACAGAAUCACGCAUUUCAAUAUUAAAAAAUAAAAUCUCAAAAAAUUUAGGUUAAGGAGUAUUAUUAGUUGAAACUUCAUCAGCAGUCAUUGAAAAAAAUGAAAUUUCAGAUAAUAUUAAAGCUAAUAUAGCAUUAGGAGGAUCAAAUUCAGUAGAUACGUUUAUUGUUGAAAAUAAAAUUCUUGGUGGAAGAUGUGAAGGUAUAUUCUUAAUUGAAUGUGGUAAAUGUUGGAUAUUUAGAAAUACUAUUGCUGAAAAUGUAAAAAUUGUACUAUAUUUUAUAGAAUGAUGGAAUUGUUUGUAUAACAGCAGUUCCAGUUAUUAGACUUAAUAAUAUAUAGAAAAAUAAAAGUAAUGGAAUUAUGAUACUAAAGGAUAGUCGACCUGAAAUUCUUGAAAAUAAUAUCAAUGAUAAUGAUGGAAUUGGAUUAUUUAUCAGAGAUAAAAGUCAUGGAAAAAUAUUAAAUAAUGUAAUUAAAUCAAAUGAAAUUGAAUUGGUUGUUGAAAGAAGAAAUCCAUCUUUAGAAUCAAUAGUAUAAGAAAAUAAAAUAAGUGGUGAUAUUAGAAUACCUUAAAAUUAUGAUUGCAUAUUAUAAUGA